AUGAUCGACUCAACUCGUGAAUUAUUAGCAUCACUGCUAAAAGCAAAGAAAAUCUCUAAGGCGAUUUUCGAAAAACUAAAACCACCACUCGAACCAGAAUUACCUCAUCUAUACUACAAUCCGAAAGAUCAUAAAGUAGGAGAACCUUUGAGACCGAUUGUCGCUGGAAUAAAAUUACCAAUAGCACCUAUUUCGAAGUAUCUCGACCAACUAUUGAAAGAUGUGAAUUUAGCUGAAGUAUUAGGAAAUUUUACUCAAAUUAUUACUCAGCUGCCAAUCACAAUUGAAACAACGGGACCACGGCCGAUUUGA